UUCGACCAAGCCGGCUUGCCACCGUAGACCUGCGACAAGCGGGAUUGUCAUCUUGAAACGCCCUCCAUUUAAGAUCAGUUGAAAAUGAGUGAGACCGCCAUUUCUUUCGCCAAGGACUUCUUGGCCGGUGGUAUUGCCGCUGCCAUCUCUAAAACAGCUGUUGCCCCCAUCGAAAGAGUCAAGCUUCUCCUUCAGGUGCAACAUGCCAGCAAACAAAUCACAGCCGACAAGCAGUACAAGGGCAUUAUGGACUGCGUUGUCCGUAUUCCCAAGGAGCAGGGCUUCGUGUCGUUCUGGAGAGGGAACUUGGCCAAUGUCAUCAGAUAUUUCCCGACCCAGGCCCUCAACUUUGCUUUCAAAGAUAAGUACAAGAAGAUUUUCCUCGACGGCGUGGACAAGCGCACCCAGUUCUGGAGGUACUUUGCCGGUAACCUUGCCUCUGGCGGUGCCGCCGGUGCCACCUCCCUGUGCUUCGUCUACCCCCUCGACUUUGCCAGAACCCGUCUGGCUGCUGAUGUCGGGAAAGCUGGAGCUGAGAGGGAGUUUAACGGUCUGGGUGACUGCUUGGUAAAGAUUUCCAAGUCUGACGGCAUUAGGGGUCUGUACCAGGGUUUCAAUGUCUCCGUGCAGGGCAUCAUCAUCUACAGAGCAGCUUACUUUGGCAUCUACGAUACAGCCAAGGGUAUGUUGCCGGAUCCCAAGAACACUCACAUUAUCGUCAGCUGGAUGAUCGCCCAGACUGUGACUGCCGUCGCUGGUCUCACGUCCUACCCCUUCGACACAGUCCGUCGUCGUAUGAUGAUGCAGUCUGGACGUAAAGGAGCUGAAAUCAUGUACAGCGGCACACUCGACUGCUGGAGAAAGAUUGCACGCGAUGAGGGUGGCAAGGCCUUUUUCAAGGGAGCUUGGUCCAAUGUUCUCAGAGGCAUGGGUGGUGCCUUUGUGCUGGUCUUGUACGAUGAGCUGAAGAAACUAAUCUAAAAACCCUCCUUUGUGUCCACCGUAAAUGUGACAUGUUUAACUGUAACAUAUCUUGUACAUCUUGAAGGACUUUCAAUUCCGCCUUAUUUAUAGGGACCAACUAGUAUGUCAGUACUAGUUGUACUGGGGAAAUCAAUUCUCUGUUUUUUUUCGUUUGUUUCCCCCUUUGUUUUGUUUUUUUUUUAAUCCCAUACCACAUUGUCAUUCCCAAAAAAAAGUCUCCCUGUCUGGAGCGCCGAUCCACUGGUCCUUUAGCUGGAUUGUUUUUAGUUAUUUCACAAUAACUAAUAAAGACAACCCACCGAAUAAACAUA